AUGAAUCGCGUGGGAGUCGACCACUGCAAGGCUUCGGCUCUACUUCACAUUCUCUCUCUACACAUACCCCGCUUUGUUGUCUCUCCCUCUCCCGCUCUCUCAUUAGGCUGCAAUUUUAAUUUAACGCUCCCAAUGGCUAAAUCACCGAAGGAACAGCACCCCGUGAAGGCAGUUGGAUGGGCGGCCAGUGACACGUCUGGCGUCCUCGCACCCUUCAAAUUCUCCAGAAGGGCGACUGGAGAGAAGGAUGUGACGUUUAAAGUGUUGUAUUGUGGCAUCUGCCACUCCGACCUCCACCAGGCCAAGAACGAAUGGGGCACCACCAACUAUCCCGUUGUCCCCGGUAAUUCUUUCACUUUCCCCCUCGAUGCUUUCUUCGCCAACCUUAAUUUACACACAGAUUGCUGA